CACAUCUCAACUUGCCAUCACGAGUACAAUGCUACGAGCUACAGCACUCCUUGUCGCUACGAGCGUCUUCAACGUGGUCGCACAGGGCGCAACACCGGUCUGUUCCAGCGCCGCGUUUGCUGCACAAACUUCUGUUCCUAUCGGACCGUUCUCGGUGCGCAGUCUCGUGAAUGGAACCCGCAUCUGCAUCGAAGUCAACUUUGCUAGUACAACUGCCAAAUGGGCAGCACUGUCGCUCGCGAGAUCUGCCAACAUGAUCAACGUGCCCAACGGAAACGCCGUCGUGUUUGACUCAGUCAAGAACUCUGUCAACUUGCACGAGUUGAAGGCGUAUUCGGUCGCUGGCGUGCCUCUCCAGGCGGACCAGUCGGGACUAGCAGUUCACAAGACAAGCAGCACCAACGGUAUCCUCUCGUUCACCUUUGAGCGAAAUCUCGUUGCUCCAUCCAUCUACGAUGUCGACGUCGACCCCGCAGUAGAGUCCAAUCUACUUUGGGCGCACGCCGACACUGCGUGGCCGUCUUUGCACACCGACAGAGGUGCAGUCAAGUUCAAUUUUGUUUUGGGAUCGCUGACGACAGCUAGCGCGGAUGCUGGGAGUUUUGCAGCCACAGCCAUCAUCGGCGCAGUGACAUUUGGUUGCAUGGUACUGCUGGGGCUUCUUGCCACGCACAUUGGGCGUGAUUGGCACUGUAUCAACCAUCGCACGGUUUGUCCUCCGUCACAGCACCGCACGUCGCUGUCUUGGAUCAAGUUGCCAAUUUCCGAUCUCAAGAUUGGCGAAGCGAUCGUUGUCUUCUUGUACGUGGCGUGCAUUGUCGCGGUCUGUGUGACUGUCAAGAGCAACUUUCCCACAGCGAGUAGCAGCCGCCUGGUUUCAUUAAUCUCUGGCCAUAUCGCUCUGGUGGCUCUCAUGUUUCUGCUUCUUCCGGUUGCCCGGGGGCAGCACUGGGAGGUGGUGUUUGGCACGUCCCACGAGCGAAUCCUCAAGUUUCACCGGUGGCUCGGACGCGUCUGGUUUGUUGCCUGCACUGUGCAUCUUGUACUCAUCGCGGUCAUCACGGACGUGACGUCGACCAGGUUGUACGGGAGUCAGCAAGUCGUGCCGCUGUACGGGUUCAUCGCGUUUCUCGCGUUUGCGUCGAUGGCGCUGCUGGCCAUCGACUACGUCCGCCGCACAUUUUACGAAGUAUUUUACUACUAUCACCGCGUCGCGUCCAUCGUGGGUCUCGUCUUUGCAUUGCUCCACAGCCGAGCAGUGCAAUACGCCAUGAUCUUCCCCCUCGUGAUGUACGGUCUGACAUUCCUCUUCCGCCUGCGCACCUACCUCAACCGGUACGCCACCGUGCCAAAGAUAUCCAGCUCCAACACUGUCGUCAUAACGCUUCCCGCCACGUCGCAGUCGACCAACUGGGCGCGCACUGCCAACCCAUGCUCGUUCUUUUGGAUUAACAUUCCCGCUGUGUCGCUUUUGGAGUGGCAUCCAUUCUCGGCGAUCGUGACCCCCGACGGCCAGUCGAUUUCGUUUUGCAUCAAGGCGCACUCCCCCGGGUCCUUUAUCGAUCGCGUGUAUCAGCACGUCAACGACCACAAGGACGCUGCGUUGACGGUGCUGGUGGAUGGACCCCAUGGCAAGCCCGCCAUCAACAUGUACAGCUACGACGCGGUCGUGCUGGUUGCGGGGGGCAUCGGCAUCACCCCCAUGCUCAACGUGAUCAACCGCCACCGCCACCAAAACGUUCACACGACGACGUUUCACUUGCACUGGGUUGUUCGGACGACCGACGACAUCUUGGCCGUCGAGGACCUCAUGUUCCCGCUGCCGGACGGUGUCAAAGCCACCUUCUACGUUACGGCCCCUGCGGACAAGACGAUGGACGCGACGUCGAACUUGCAAGUUCACACGGGCGACUACAUCCCGUACACGCAAGGGAAGCCGAUCUUGGACGAAUUUAUCAACACAGGACGGUACCACGGCACCAAGGUCGGUGUCAUGGCGUGUGGCCCUCCGCGCCUCGUGCAAGAAGCGCAGUGGCGCAGCCACAACUGCUGGUUUGAUUUCCACAAGGAAGUCUUUAUCUUUUAAGAGAAACGAAUGUGACAUAUUUCCAUCCUCGUCCAUGGGCCACAGCUUGGCGAUGCGAUCGGGGGGGCUUGCGUGCCUAACCACAGCUGCACCACGUUACAUCGCAGCGCCCACUGGAAGUUGGUAGCUUGGUGCGUGAGGAAAAGAAGCUCUUCUGAUAAGCGUCAAAUGAUUCAGACAUUCCAGGCGUUCCAUGGCAGUAAGGAAGGAAUACUCGUUUAAAUGAACCAACUUUGGAC